UGAAAGCCAACAGUGGGAGCGCAAGGAAGAGAGGAGAGCAGGCAGGAUCGCUGCUGAAAUGGCCACCAAACUUGUGGAUCUGAUGUACUGGCGGAGCGUGAGGUGGACCGGUGUGGUGUUCACAGGGCUGGUGAUCAGUCUGGCGAGCCUGUUCCAGCUCAGUGCCAUCACCGUGCUUUCCCACAUCUGCCUGGGUAUCAUGAGUGUCACCUUCCUCAUACGCCUCUACUACAAGCUGCUGGAGCUGAUGCGCUGGAACCCCGGGGUGCACCCUUUCCAGUCAUAUCUGGAUUAUGACAGCACCCUGACAGAUAAGGAUACAGUGAUGCUGGUGGAGGAGGUGGUGCUUCUGGUUGCAUUCGCUGUUACAGAGAUCAAACGGCUCCUUUUCAUCGACAGCGUGAUUGACUCCAUAAAGUUUGUUGCGCUCCUGUAUCUGUUGACUUAUGUCGGUGUCCUAAUCAACGGACUGACUCUGAUCAUAACUGCUGUGAUCACUGUUUUCUCACUUCCUCUGUUUUACAAAAAGCAGCAGGUGCGGAUAAGGAAGAUUGUUCGAGCGGUAAAAGCUUUUGUGAAGAAAAUCAAAAACAUGUGCCUCAAUCUGUAUAGUUCAGUGAGACCCUCCUCUGUUCCUACACCUCCCCCGAAACCUGCAGCUGUACCCGCCGCCAAACAGAAAGCCAAAUCAAAGUAACUCGUUUUGUGGUGUUGAAGGCACCCAAGUUUGGGAUUUGGAAAAUGUUGGAAAGGUACAUCCUCUGUGGGGGCCGCUAGAGGGGCAGCUCAUUUCCAUCUCUGCACCGCGAUGUUUGUUCAUGGGAGCAAGUUUUAAUUGAUCCUGACGGCUGAAACAAAACUACCAUUCACUCAAGGACGGGAAGGGGAAAUGUAUGAGCAGAGGAAUUUUAUUUACAGAGAUGUUUUGUUGGCAGUGUUUAGAAUAACUAGUUCACACAGUCAUGCAGUCCAGCUAGGGACAGCACACAAUAUCACUGGUUCUUUUCGUUUAAUAACAUCUUGAUUUUUACAGAAUGAGAACUGUGCUCCUGUUGAUCUGCAAAACAUCUCAUCAUGAAGCUAUGAAGCAUUAUUGCUGCUUUCAUUAUUUAGCAUCAAUUAAUUUCAGUUGAAUAGACAUUUGAUAAUAUUAUCUGCAUCCAUCAAUUAAAAUAUUUUUAUGCUUGCUAUGUUAAAGAACAAGUCAAUCCAGCUUCAAUAUAACGCAGUAGAAACAGAGAAUAAAGUUUAGUUCACCCACUUUAAUGACGACAAUAAAUGAUAUAAAAACUGUCCUGCAGUGAAUUACGCUGCUUUACGGUACUAGACAGCAGUAACUUUAUACUUUACAGACUACCGUUGGUUUUAAAAACCCCUAACCCUAACCCCCCUAACAGCUGACUGUUGUGGCUGAAAACAAAGCUUUGAGAGCAGUGAGAGAUCUGAUCGGUCAAGUGUGCACCAGAAAAAGAAAAAAAAAAGAAAAACUCUGCAAAGCUGGGGGAACUGCAGAGUCCAAUGAUAACAUCUGCUGUUCAUUAUUUAUACUUGGAUUAUAUUGAUUAUAAAUGAUUAAGUGCUUUAAUCCUGCCAGUGUAUGUCUCCAGUUGCUCUUUCAAACUCUCUUGGAGCAACAGGACAUGCUACUAGUCUGCUGUCAUGUUCACAAAAACUUUUACCUUUUUGUCCAAGACAUAACUACAUAUAUAACUUUCUUUAAACCAUGUUUGAAUUGCAAAAAGUUGCUCCAUAACCUGCCAUCAGAGGACAACAGGAAAUAAACAACAAAAAUAUUCAUCUUCAUCAUCAGACAUUAGACACUUACUGACAUAAAGGUUUGAGACAGAGGAAUGGGUCAAAUUAGCAAAUUGAGCUGUGCAACAUAAUGUUGCUGACAACUUGAGAAUAACAAGAAGAUGAAGAGGACAGGUAAAUAGAUAAAUAGCAACUUUAAGAAUCCAUUAAUAUUUAUACUCAGACCUCUUCCAAUGGAAGGUCAGGCUCAGCAUCCUGAAGAGAAAACACAGAUUGCUCCUGUGGCACCAAGAAAAGUAUUAUUUGACUAAGAAUAGUCCAAUGCUCAAACAUCUCCUCAUCCACAUUUUCCAAAUCAACCAAACGAUUCUAUUGUCUUCACUGUAGCUCAGGACACUUCAGUCGUUAACUGACAUGGAGCAGUUGGAUUUAUUUCUGUAACUUUCUGUUCAAGCUCUGGCCGGGGCUGAAAAGUUGCUAGAAAUCGUCCAGUGCUUUAACAAAUGAGGUUUAAUCGAUUAUUGCGAAUAUUUCAAUUUUUGGUGAACUUUUCCUCUAUUCUGAAAACUGUAUGGUUUUAGCUGCCAAACCUGAGCCAGUCAACUGUAAGCAGUUAUUUCAGUGCAGCUGGUGAGCUACUGUUAGCAUGUCAGAUUAGUGUUCGUGAUCAUGUGGCGCUCUCUAGUGGUCAGUGUUUUAGAAUUUAAAACGAAGCUGCACUCAUACUGCCAUGUCUUAAUGAGCUUAUGUUAUUCACUGAAAUUUUACAUUGUGAUGCAGGAUUUCAGCAGCAUUCAAGCUCAGUUAAUAUCAUUUAACACUACUGUCAAUUGUGCAACAAAAUAAAGGUGUAAUUGUGGUCUUCAGAGAAGUAGAGCCCAUCGCUUGAAGCUAUAGGCACAGUCUGUAACAGUUCUCACUGUUUUUUUAGGUUUACUUACUUCUAUAGGUAUUUAUUAUUUUGUAUUGUUUUUCUUCCUAUUAUCAUGUCGCUCCCCGAAUAAAAAAAAAAAACUUGUUUACA